AGUUAAUCUAUUGUUAUUUGUAUUUAAACAUUUGAUCUAUUCAGGCAAUAGGCAAAAACCAAUAUUUUCCCAAUUGUUCAGGAUUAGCCGUUAAACUUAUUUUGUGAUUGUAAGUCUAUCUAGUGACCACUGGGCCAUGAAAUACGUUUGUAUUCUCUAUUCGGUAUUUUUCUCACGUUAGUUAAUCGCAAGUUCGUCACUUGUUUUAUCUAUUCACGGCUGAUUCAAUUUUUUCAUAUAAAAGUAACAGAAAUUUGUUGUGAUUGUUCAGUAAUAUGUGCGAAAAAAUUUAUAUUGGAUUUCUUUAAUAGGAUUCUUGCAGCUUGACUAAAUAUCUGAUAAAGUUUUCAAUGAAAAGGUGACAAUAGUGCUGUGGAAGAUUUUAUGCCUCGGCUCAUCUUCAUUAAUAUGUACAAAGUAUGGUAUAUUGGAGAUAAAUGGAAACCACAUGCUGAAACUGGAAAUCGUUGUUUUAUACUCAUUAGUAAAGACGGAAUUCAAGAAAUUUUAAAAGAUCAAUAUGAAGUGCAGCCUUUUUCCUUGUCCUAGAUAGUGUAUUUCUAACUGUGCAUUGUUCAGAUAGUAGACUGCCCUCAAGAGUUUGAAAAUAUAUGCAACAGGACAAGGGCAUUGGAAAUUCUGGAAAUAAUACAAAUGGAGUAGUCAUUAAUUUUUAGUAGGUUCAGUUGCUAUGAAACUUUUCCAAACAUAUACCUUUGUAACAAAUUUGCAUUUAUGGGGAACCAGUCUGCAAUGAUUUAUUCAAGCCAGGAACCAGUAAGUGUGUGGAACAAACCAUGGCAACCAGUAAACACUUUCCAGUUCAGAAUUUCUCACCCCGCAGUGACAGUGAUGACUAUAGCUAUAAUGAAACGCCCUACAACUCAGUGACCUCAUUUAAAAGUUACCAUAGCAACCAGAAUAGGAAUUCAGUCACUUCUCUGCCACCAUACAUAAAUGUGUAUGAAGUUGGUAAUGGUUCAUCAGCUACACCAUAUAAUGACAGUAAAGAUGCAUUUAGUGGAAAUUCUGCGGAAACAAACAGUAAUUGUCAAAAACCUUACAUAGAUAAUACUGUAGUGUCUGCAUACAAAGGGUCAAAGCCACCAAUCCCUGUCAACAAACCAAGAGUUCUUAAAACUUCAAAAUCCAGACAGAAAGUGUCAAGUGUCAAUAAACCGAAACCAAAAGAUACAGAAAAUCAGGAACCCAGAAAAUUUGGAAUAGAACAUUUACAGUCAAUUAGUCAACAAUUGCAGAAUGAAAAUAAAGAGCUUAGAAGACAUAGAAAUUCAAAAGGUCAAGAGGAGAUAUCCCAUGCACUUGCAGGAAAUUUCUCUAGUGAAAUACCAGGAAUAAAAGAUGACAGUGAAAAGGAACUUUUUCCUUCCUCAAGAGAAGAGACAGGUAUAAUAUCACCUAAUUCACAAAAUGCAAUUGAAAAUGGUCGCCAUAGCUCAAUGUCUAGAAGAAAAUUGCCAAAAGUACCCGUUUGUGUUGCUCAACAUAAAAUUUUGCCUAAUGUGAAUACAGAUGCUACAGUUGUUGUUAAAAGUAUAACUGAAGUGCCGAAAGUAAAUGCUGGUGCUAGUAGUCUGGGAAAUUAUGAGGACAAGUGUAAAAGGGAUUGCUUGCUGCAGUCAGAUAGUGAAUUAGUGCCAAAGUCUGUGAAGGUUGAAAGUGGUAGUACUGAUAUUGAAAAUCAUAAAAACAGCAGUAGCCCUAGAAACAAGGGCUUGAGGAGAAUUAGAAAAGGCAGAAACAAAGAUAAAAACAGAUCCCUGUCUUUAGGUGAUCAGACUAAGGACAUUGCUGAGAGAGCAAUACAAAUAAUGUCAGAUACAAAGGAAAGUGUGAAUAAAGUUGAUGUGACUGGUUUUGAAAGGAGUAAGAAUAAAUCAAGUGCCAAUGAUGAAUUUAUAAACUCAGAUACUUCUAGUCAACAAAAUUGUAGCAAUUUUCCUAGUGACAAUGUAACAGGGGUAUGUUCAGAAUUGAAAAAUAUUGAUUAUAGUGUAGCAGAUUCUAAUGUGAGGUUGACAGAAAGUAGUGCAGAUCGAGUUGGAAGUUUAGCAGAAGCGUGUCAUAUGCAUUCAAAUCAUGAAUGUGUUCAGAAAUCUGGAAAUGAUCUGUCACUGCAUACCAAAGUGUUGAGUAAUUCUGAUAACUUAAAGUCAGACAAUCAACACAUACAAGGGGUAAGUGAAAGGCAUCUAGAAAAUGUAGUUGUUGAAGAUAGUGAUACUAAUCAAGAUGAUUAUAGUAUUGUCGAUGCACUGAAUGAUAUAGUUGACAAUGCAACAGCAGAAUGGACUGAUAAACUACCUGAGAACUCAUUCUUUGCAUUUGACCAUGCAGUGAUACAGCAAUUAACUGACAGUGUUAUGGAUAAGAAAGAUGUUGAGACUUUUGAUGAGGUAGACAUUCCUUUUGAACAAAUUAAUACAGAAAGUGAUGGAAAACAUAGUGGAGAAGUUAAGGCUGAAAAGUUGAAGAGUUCUGAUAUGGCUAAUGUAAAUUUAAGAAGAACUACCUCAGAUGAAGAUAAAUUAAAUAUUGAAGGAAAAUCGUUUCAUGGGAAACAUCAUAAAGAAAUUGAUAGAAUUCAAAACUCAGCAACUAGUUCAAAUAGUAACAUAAAUAAUCAUAACGAAAGUGUCAAAAACAGCUUGUCAAAGAAAGAACAUGAAUUAGAUAUUAAAAGUAAAGAGAAUGCUGUAUGUAGAGUAAUACCGCAGAAAGCAAAAGUUGAAAGGUCACCAUCAUAUCGCAAAAAAGUCAUGGCAAGGGCAAAAAGUAGGUACAAGAAAAGUUCCAUGUUGAAAGAAUGUUCAUGUACUAGAAAUGAAAAUGGAGAUAUUAUUAUGUGCCAAUUCUGUGAGAACUAUGAAAACCGCAAGAGGAGAAGCAGAUCUAGUCUUGGUUUAGAAAGUGUAGGACUAAGCAAAGAUAUGUUAGAGUUUAGUGAAGGUGAGAAUAGUGAUAUAUCUUCAUACAGUGAAUUUUCAAGUCCAAGGCGUACAUUUACACCAGGGUUACCCCCGUUACCUUCUAGUAAAAGCCCACGUCCCUUGAGAAAGUUACAGAUUUCUUCUAGAGUAGAUGUACUCAUGAGCUCAGACUUGUUUAAAAAGCAUUUACAAAAGCAUGAAAGUUUGCUCUACAAACACACUGUUUUAAGACGAACUGGUAUGCGAAAAUCAGUAUCAAAUCUGGACUUAUCUGAAGGAUAUGUUUUCAUAGAUUCAGACAGUCAAUGUGAUACUGAAAGUGUGACAAGUGAAACUUACGUUGAAAAUGAUACCAGUGCCAAAGAGGAUAUUCUGAAUACGUCACAUGACUUUACAUUGACCAAUAAAGAAACGAGAAGGCAUUCUUUAACUGGUGAUUCAGACUCUUCUGUAGACAAUUUACAUAAAAACAAGAAAAAGCAUUUUAGAACUCUUCCUACUUCUGUUGGACGUUCAAGGAUGCCAAUACCUUCAUUUACGCAACCAAAUUUUAGAGGGUCUAAAUCAAGAUCUAACAUUCCCACAUUUAAGGAAUUUAAAGUAAUGAAAGAAUUGAGCAAAUCAACAGAAGCGCUUGACACUGCAGUAACUGAGGAUGAAAGUAAAACAUCUGAAAGAAAGAAUGAAAAUAUAUCCAACAAGUCUUGUAUUGAUAAUGAUGAUGGUUUUAAAGAUAAUUUUGAUAGAAGUAAGAAACAAAAUGAAGCCAAAUUUGAAAAGAGAAAUGAAGUAAUAAGUAUGGACAAAACUGAAGGAUUGGUGCCAAUGCAUUUGGAAGUAAUUAAAGAGAGUCACAGUAAGGAAAAUUUAUUAAGUCUUACAGCUGUUGAAGGAGAGGUCAAUGAUCUCAGUUAUAAUCACACAGACAAAACACAUGAAGAAAUAAAUCUGAAUGAAAAACACUUAGUCAAACCAAAUGAAAACAUUGAGAGUAAAUCUGGUCAAGAAAUGGAUGGCAAAAAUGAAAAUUAUAAUGAAGCAGUAGUGUUAGAUAUUGACAACAUUAUGGAAAGACGUAAAGAUAAAGUAGAUGGUCAUGAAAUCUUGACAAGACAGCAAAGCACACCAGAUAUGAAACCACAAAAACAACAUGUGAGACCAAAAUUAAAAUCUCGGACAUUAUCUAGACUUGAUAUGGAAGCUGACUGCUUAUCUGAUACUGCAAGUGGAACAGUUGAUGGUACAGCAUCAUUGAGGGAAAGAAGAAAGCCAGGUGCUAAAAGACCAAGAUCUUUAAUAUCAAAAAAAUCAAGUCUUGCUUCAUUAAUUCAAGAAUCAGAAAUGAGGCAAAACUCUGAUGAUGGAGACAGUAAUAGUAACAGCGAAAAAUUGAUUAAAGCAAGACCAAAGUUGAAAGUUGGACAUAAUGUCAACAGAUCUAAAUCAGAUUCUAAGUACGAGAUGGAAAAAGGCAAGGUGGUUGAUGAGCACACAGACAGUAGACAAUAUAGGAAUUUACAACUUGAGAAGGGAAAGAAUACAGUUAGUUUUGAUUUGGAGGAUACAAGUCAGUGCUCUCCCUUUGAUAUUGGAGAAUCAGAAACAUCUACCUCAAUGUUGGAGAGUUUGUCCGAUAGUAUAAGAUCUGAGAUUAAUGCAGAAGAUAAUUUACAGCUUCUGAAUGACCAGGAUGACACUGGAAAGCUUUUGCGUGAUCCUGAUGAUGCAGACAAUAGCUCAGUAUUAGAACCUUUAAAGGAAGAACUAGGGUCUCAGGUAUUGCGAUCAACAUCUGAUGCGUGUGAAAUUACCCCGGAAGCUGCCAGAAAAAGACGGGAGAGGAAAGAAAGGCCAUACAAGAGUGAUCCAUUCUCGGGUACAGAGAUUAUACCAGCAUCAAAGAGAUGUGUACUGCGUGAGGAGAAAGCAAAGUUGAGGCAGCAUAUGGAUUUUGCCAAUUCUUCAAAAGAGGAGAUUUUAACAUUUCUUGAUGGAGUCAGUCAUGGAGAUUUAGCAAACUGUGAUAGUUUUCCUAGCCUUGAAGAACUCAAUGAAAAUGAUGAACAGUUACGGAUUCUGUCGGAGGGUGUUGCUGAAACAUCAAGAAAAAUACGCAAACACCACAGCAAUGUCAGCUCACUUAGUACUGACAGCGGUGUGAUUGGUCAAGAUGGAUCACAUGACUCCCAGCAGAGCAGUCCGUCCAACACACUUUCACAUUCCCAGUCUGAGCGCACUAUAUCGUCAUGGCAACACAUGGGGAAGAAAAGGUCAAUGAGUGCAAGCUGUACAGAUGUUUCAAAACACGAGACACAAGAUUGUGUGGACUGCGGGCCCCAAGACAUGAUCGAUGUACACAGGUCACAAGUUUGCCCACAGUGUUUGAGUAAGAGACGGGAACGGAAAGAGACAAUACAUGAAAUCAUGGAUACGGAAAUGAAUUAUGGGAGAGAUUUAAAUAUACUCAAGGAGGAAUUUUAUAAGCCAAUAAUGAAGGCUGGAUUGCUCAGUAAGGAACAGUUAGACGCCAUAUUUCUCAACUUAGAUGAGUUAUUACAUGUGAACAAACAUUUCAUCACAAAGUUGAAGUCUGCCAUCUGUUCUUCAAAUCAAAAUAAUGACAAUGAAUUAGAAGAGGUCAUGAUUGGCUGCUUGUUUCUGGAGUCUUCAACAAUGUUCCUUACCUUUGAAAAUUACUGUGUUAAUCAGGCUCAAGCUCCCGUGUUGUUAGAACAGUUGGAACGUGAAAAAGAAUUGUUACGUAUAUUUCUCCAAGUUUCACAAAAUGACAAUCACCAGUUACGACGAAUGCAUUUGAAAUCUUUCCUCAUGGUUCCAGUACAAAGGAUCAUGAAAUAUCCAUUAUUGUUGGAUCGCCUGUAUAAAACAACACCUUCAAAUCAUAUGGACAAGAACUCAUUGAAAGAGGCAAAAGAUAAAAUUGAAGACAUUCUUGGACAUAUCAAUGCAAAAUCACGAACAGUAAGUUUCCGACAACGAAAGCCGUCUCAGAAAUCAACUCAACAUUGUAGUGUUACAGAAAAGAUUGAGGUGUCUCGUGUUGCCAUAGAAACGUUACAGUGGAACCGUAAAGAUGUCUGUGAUGUAAUUACAAGUCAGCUGCAAAUAACGCAACCUGUCGACCAUUUAUGGGCCGUAAAAAAGUGUAAAAACUAUAAAUUUACAACAGUUUACGGAGUGCUAUUAACUCUAAUGCAGCAACCAAAUGAUAAGCCAAACGACAAUGAUAUGAAUAUCAUGAAAAACACUCAUAAUAAUAACAAUAAUGAGAACUCUCGAGUGAAGAGUGCCGCAGUCGUUUUCAUCAAGGAGAAAAGUGGCCGUUACCAAGUGAUGAGAGAACCGUUCAUGCUAGAGAAAUGUGUUGUCAGUCAAGACCCGGAUUUCCCCGAUGUUUUUGAAGUCUUGGAAUGGAGUAAAGAGGCCUUUUUAAUCAAGGCUGAUUCUCCCCAAGAAACCAAGCUUUGGGUACAGAACCUCAGGCAGCAAAUGAACAAUCUUGGCGUGUGGAGAAAACGGAGAAACGCAUUACCAAACAUUUUAUUAAACCACCAUUCCUGACGAACUUUUAAUACCUUAUUCGUGUGAAUAGAAAGUUGUCAACAGAAGCCAUGUAUUAGACUGUUUGUGAUAAACGUCCUUAUGAAGCUGUACCAAGUGUGGAAAUCAUAAAACAUGCGAUGUAAAAACACUCAUUUUCAGCUUUAUUGUGAAUGUGUGUUCUUUGAUGCAGAACAUAUUUCAUCAACCUGUUCGUAAAUUCAUGUAUUUUGUUUCUAUUUAUUGUAAUAAUAUGGUGAAAGAUAAGAAAAUAAUCAGAUAUAAACAAACACAUAUAGACUGUUUAAAUUAUGAAACAAAGCAAGAAGAGCUAUUUGUAUGUUAGGUUUAGUCCACACAAAAUGCAUAAAAAAAAUUUCUUUUAUAUAUAAUGUUGCACAGGUUUAGUUUUAAAUUGGACAGUUCUUCAUGUCUUAUGCUGAGAAUUGUAAAACUAAACAAGCACUUGCAACAUUGGAACAAUUAAGUUGAUUGGAGUACUCUGUAUCAAUACCAUUAGGAGUGUUGCGAAUGUAUUUUGGCAGUAAAACAAGACCAGAUAAGCAGACUCACUGAUGGAUUAGGUGAAAAUAUUAAUGAACAUUUCGCAGACAGAAAUAAAAAAUUGAAGAAAGACGUAGGACAGAAUUGGCACAUUCCUUCACUAUGACAUUGAGAGAACCUUGGAAAGACAAAAAUAUCUUGUAGAAAUAAACACAAUACUUAAGCUAAAGUCACAUUCACAAAAUACAUCAACUGUAGUCAUGUUUGUUUAUAAAACACAUGUACUGCAGUCAUGUUCACAGAAUACACAAGCUGCUGCAUGUUCAUAGUAUACAUGAGCUGCAUCCAUGUUCAUAUACAGGAAUUGCAGUGAUGUUCACAGAAUACAUGAGCUGCAGUGAUGUUCGUAGAAUUUAUGAGCUGCAGUGAUGUUCACAGAAUACACAAGCUGCUGACAUAUUUAUAGAAUACAUGAGCUGCAGUAGUGUUCACAGAAUACAUAAGCUGAAGUCAUGUUCACAGAAUACAUGAGCUGAAUCAUGUUCAUAGAAUUCAUGAGCUGAAGUAACGUUCACAGAAUACAUGAGCUGCAGUCAUGUUCAUAGAAUACAUGAGCUGAAGUCAUGUUCGCAGAAUAAAUUAGCUAGAGUAAUGUUCACAGUACUUCAAUCAACUUAUUUUCAAAUCAGUGAUAUAAGACUUUUUCCACUUAGCAAUGCAUUUAUUAUUUUAAAGUUUUUGUAUACCGUAUUUUGGUGCGUAAAGGUCGCACUUUUUCUACCCAUUUUGUUGCCUGAAAAAGUUCCUGCGACCUAUACGACAGAACAUUGCCAGCAGUUUUUUUUUCGGGCCAAUUUUCUGACCGUAGCUCUCGCAAAAUUACAUGCAUCUGUUACGAACGAACAAAAUGGAUAAAAAAUAUCAAUAUCAGCGGCUUUUCAACCAAUAGCGGUUACUUUCAAUAAAAUAUAUCGUAAAUAACCCAUACAGACUAUUAAAAUUACGAAUGACUUUAAUUCAAAGAUGUUUUUGCAGUCUGAAUUACGUUUGUUUCUACUUUCGUUUUACUGGACGCCAUUGACAUGUACUCCGGGUUGGAUAAAAUCCGGACAGAUCCGUCCUCCAUUCCAAACAUUGUUUAUACAACUUCUUAGCGUAUUAAAAAACUUGAAAGAUAAUUUUUUACUUUUGAUUUUUAAAUAAAAGAAAAAAAUCCAAAAAGAGAUAUUUUGUUAAUCUUUUUACUCAGAAUCAAAAGAACGCGGUUAAUUACAUUACACGGAAAGGUGUUAUAAUUGCUGUGCAAACAAUUCACACUUAAACUUGCCUGAUAACAGAAUGUAAACGCAAACCGUCUGCUGCCAGUUAGUGUCAAAAAGCCGCUUUUCUUUGAUGUAGUCUGUUACCAAUACUACUGUUGGUACGAAACGGUUGGGAACGAAAAUAACACUGUCUGAUUUCCACCAAUCAGGUUCUGAUAAUAAUUCAGUCCGCGGCAUCAAUAUGGCCGCCACCAUAACUUUUUUGCCGGUAAAUAUUAAAUAUUGCUGGGAAAAAAUCCGAAAUUUAACUGCGACUAAUACCCUAGAAGUUAAAUUUUCCGACCAUUUCCAGGGCAAAAAUUAGAUGCGGACUAUACAUUACCGCGACCUAUACACACCAAAAUACGGUAAAAAUGCAAAACCGAAAUAUUUUCUUUUUCAAUUAGCAUUUGCCAAUACACAUAUAAAUGUGUUAAGACAAAGGGGCUUUCAUUAUGGCCAAAAAGGAACAGGUUUUGACUUUCUGCUCAUUGAUAAAUGUUUCACUUGCUUAUUGUCUUUUAAGACUUUGCAAUAAAGAUGAAGAAAGAAAGGUUGCAACAUGAAGUACACAUGUUCAUACUAAAUUUGUUGAAUUAUAAUGUAGUCAGACUGUGAUAUUGUUAUAUGAGGGCUUAUAAUUAAGUGAUAUUGAGACAUUUUCCAGCAUAUGUGUAUGAAUGUGAAACUAUUUGAGUAUGUUGUAUUGUGUGCAUAGAACAGACUGCUUUUAAGAAAAUCUUCUCAUUAUGCUCAUUCCAGUGAAACUUGUGCGUGUAACAACAGAAAAUAAUUUUAUGCCACAGCCAGGUAUGUUCCAUGACAAUACCAAAACCAACCUGUUGAACAUUGGUCUACAGAUUUGUUAGAACAUACUAGUUUUGAUGUUUUACUUUAAAACUUAAAACAACAGUGCAUUCUAAUCCCCUUAUGGUGUUUUAUGAAUAGGGAUUUAAGAUUUGCGCCAGUCUCCAUGUCAGUCGCAAAAAGUGGAUCUUGUGAUAUCAAUACAAGUAUAUAAUAUUUUUCCAGGACUGGACUUAAAAGUGGUUCAAAUAAGUUUGAAGCUUUCAUCACAAUCAAACUAAAUAAAAUUAGUAUUAACUAACAGAGAUAAAGACAAUAUGGAGAAAAUGCUUUUAACUUUUCUUUUUUUUCAAUUUGUCUUACUUAUUUGUACUACAUCUAAGAUUGUGGUUCUAGCAACAAAAGUUCUACAUAUUUCAUUUUAAUUGUCCAGGGAUUGAUAGAUAUGCCACUUUCAGUAGGGUAAAAGUCCUGUUUAAUCUAAAAUAUUGCAGAUGUAUGAAAGAAAAUGUUUUUAUUCUUGCCAUGUAAAUAUAUUGUUUAUUUAUUUGUACAGUUUGUUUUAAAUGUACCAAAAUCAUCUGCCAAACAUAUCAAAAAAGAUGCAACCUUGUUCUGUUGGAACCAUUGUUUGAUCCACCUUUUAGGUAACUAGUUUCUUUAUUCCUUUAUGUCUGAUGACUAAUUUUUCAAUGUUGGCUUUUUUAUUGAUGGGUUGUUGUAAGACUUUCAGGAUAUUAUAGAGCUACUUAGCAUAAAAGCAACAGGCAACCACCAAAAAUAUUCAUAUUUUGCCAAAAUAUUAGCAAUAAAAUUUACAUUAUUCAAGAAGUCUAUGAAAUACUGUCUGUCCCUGCUUACCUCCCAACAGAGAUGUGGUACUUAUCUGGUGGGUCAAAUAGUGAUUGUGAAUCUCGAAUUUAAAAUGAUAAGUCAUGAUAUUACUGAGUUUAUACACGAAACUACAUAUAUUUAGGAGAUAAAUCAUAAAUUGUUCAUAUCCAAAAUAUUUUAUUAGUUUUAGCACACAUUUUGGUUAUGUAUAUUCAAAACUGACAUUAUUGGCUCCAAAGGAAAUUAAUGAAAAUAUAUGGUACAUGGUUUAAUCACAUUCCCUCUAAAAUAAAACAUUAAUUUCAUGACAUCAUGUGAUAUUGUGGAGAUAAAUGCCUUUUGUAUACUUGUUUAUGUUUUUUUUUUGUAUAUAUAUUAAGUGCUUUAAAUUCAUUCAGUAUUUGUUAUAUCUUGAAGAAGUAUAUCAUGAAUGUUAAAGAAACAAAUAAAAUGAAUAAAAAUAAUUAAAAUUAA